AUGACUCUGUCAGCUGUGCAACAACUUUUUCUCUUAUGUUUAUUCUGCUUUGGAUGUUGGAACACAACAGAUGCCAGUCCUUUUGAUCAGUGGGAAGACGGCAUGGCGUUACGAAAGGUGCGAGGGAUCAGAGGUGAUGAUUUGAGUGGUGUGUUGUGGAGAGACCAGAAUGAGGAGCAGGUGCAGAAUGUUUUCAAAAGAUUCUUGUUUCAUUACUCCAAAGCACGCAACUCUGUUGGAGCUGUACAACAAGAGUCUCACUCAGUUCACCCUCUCAUGCGGCUUUCACCGAAGCUUUCCCAGAGGAGAAAGAAGAAGGUGGUACUUUUGAAGAUUCGAGGUCUGCCAGAGGGGAUGUUGUAAAAGGAAAAUCACAACAAACCUCCUCCCCCCAAAAAACAAAACCCCAAACACUUAACAGAAGAAGAGCAGCUGGCAGCUCCACCUGUGGACAUCGCAUUCAAAAAUCCACUGAUGGGCCACGCACAGCAUCUGUAACUUCCUGUUAGCAGAAACUAUUUGAUUGUAUAGAUGGAAAAACAGAAGCGCGCCGCUAACGCUGCCGUGUGUGUCGUUGCUUCCAAAUGCAAAUCGGAGUCACCGGGAACUGUUACUAAACAAAUCUGGCACAUUGUACUGUUACACAAGACAUGGGUAUCUAAAACAAAACAGAAA